AUAGAACUACGCACUAGUCGACUGUGCCUAACAUGUCAUUUGGGAUUUACUGCAUGUUAAGCUAUUUAAAUAAAUUUUGUAAUUGAAUUUAUUUAUUAAAAUCAAAAGGUAAAUUGCCUAUAAUGCCUAAUUCCAAAAAUCUUCCCAACAAUCUGCGCCAAAAGCAAUAUUUUGGCCGUGAAAAUGCCAUCAAAACGGCAAAGAAAAUUCUAAAGAAAACUACCAACAAAAAAAAGACCAAUUCCAAGAAAAUCGAGGCUGCCACAACAAGCUGGAAUAAUUCGUCUACAGCAAAUCAUGAAGAUGAAACAGAUAUGAGUGCCACAUCUUCAGCUGGCACAAAAGUUGUAUCCAAAAUUUGGAAGAGAUCUUUUGAAUCAGCGGUCGAAAGCAAACAAAAAUUCAAGUCUUCGAAAAAUCGAUCAGCAAAAUGGGCCAAAUUUUCUAACACUUCGGAAAUAAGGGAGGAGACCUCAAGUUUAAGUCCUGGUAUGUCAUAUUCUGAUGCCUUGUGUGGAAGGAGUCGUUUCGGUGCAAUUACAGUUGAACAUCUUUUGACACAAACAAUCGAAGGCGGUUCACCAAAGAAGCCAAAGAAUACUUGGCUUGGAUUUUCCUUCAAUCAGAGGGAUGGCGUAGAAAAUGGCAAUGAAAAAGCGAUGGGAACCCCAUUACCAGAGACUAAGGGGACUUUACAGUCCUCAGUUAUAAACCCUGCAGAGAAGUCAAGUGAUGGAAAUGCUUUUAAUUUGAAAACAUUUUUAAUUAACUUCCCUGCAACUCCACAUCCAAGUCAUUGUCCCACAGAGUCUUUGAAAGAAUCCCCAAAGAUAGAUGUUUAUACUUAUUCAUAUUUCUCUUCGCCUGAUCAAUUGGAGGCUUUCAAAAAUGCAGGUGGUGUACGGCCAACAGAGUCAGUAGCCGAAUAUUCAAUUUGGUGCAAUAUUUUGCUUUGUUGUAGUUAUAUGGAACGGUUUUACCGCAAGGCAACUCUUGACUCAUGUCCACAUAAUGCAAAUAACAAUUCUUCUACUUAUACUGCCAGUGAAUGUGAUAGUAUUGGAAAUAACAAGGAUCAACUGAUGAUAUUUGGCACACCAGAGACUAUAUUCCGAGAUCCAUCCUCCUCAUCAAGCUUUGGCCAUAACUCGACCAGGGAAAGUUUUUCCAGCGCGGACUCGACGUUAAAUUCACAUGCAUUACCGCAGUCACACCAAAGACCCCAUCCUAAAGAGACUAUAAAAGCAUCGCCAACCUAUAAGUCUACUUCUCUUUUCGAUGAUAUUGUCGUGGACAACUCCAAUAAACGAAACGUAUUCAACGUCUUAAGCAGUUUCAGUAAUUUAAAAGCCACUACAUCAUCACGGCCACAACAAAGAAGCAAUCCAGCAAAAACUUUGAAUGAACCACCGACAUAUGAGUUUUCUCGCUUUUUUUAUGCCAUUAUUAGGGAUUACCAAGCUAAAGAAAACGUUUCUAAUAUCGAAUCGAAUUCAGCCAACAUAAAUGCAACUUUACAUCAAAGUAGCCACCCGCCAAAGUCCUUGGAGGAAGAUGGUUUUGCUCAACGCAAUCACCCACUAGCUUCAAUAUAAAUGCAAUGAAUACCUCUCAACCAAACACCAACACUGAUAGUUUUUUUCUCUUAAAUACGUCAAUGCAACUUAACCCAAUUAGAUAGAUUUAAUGAUGAAAUUUUGAUAAAUAUUUUCUUUGCUAAUAUCUUUUCAAUAUAUCCUAUUAAUAGAAGAAUAUCGUUGUAAAAUUUAA